UAAUUUUAGGAGAGUUUGGUAAGGUGGUGGUGGCCUGCCGUCUUCAAGUUCGAAGCCCUCCAUUUCCCCAAGUCUCCCGUCUGAUCGGAUCCAACCCUUGCACUGAUCUAAACUCCGGCCAGAGCUAUCUCUCGCGCGAGAAAAAUGUGGGGAAUCAUUCGGCAAAAAGUCGGCGCUGGAGGCUCCUCCAUUCUGAUUUCCGGGCAGUCUUUGCAGCGACUCCGCCCUGCUGCAUCAGCAUCGAGAUACUAUUCUUCUGCUGCAAAAGAGAUGACAGUGAGAGAUGCUCUAAACUCCGCACUUGAUGAAGAAAUGUCCGCUGACCCUAAAGUAUUUUUGAUGGGUGAAGAGGUUGGAGAAUAUCAGGGUGCAUAUAAGAUAACCAAAGGGCUUUUGGACAAAUAUGGUCCAGAGAGGGUUCUUGAUACCCCAAUCACAGAGGCUGGGUUUACUGGUAUCGGUGUUGGCGCUGCUUAUCAUGGUCUGAAGCCUGUUGUGGAGUUUAUGACAUUUAAUUUCUCUAUGCAGGCAAUUGAUCAUAUCAUUAAUUCUGCGGCAAAAACAAACUAUAUGUCAGCUGGCCAAAUUUCUGUGCCAAUUGUCUUUAGAGGGCCUAAUGGUGCGGCUGCUGGAGUUGGUGCCCAGCACUCUCAGUGUUAUGCAGCAUGGUAUGGCUCCUGUCCCGGCUUGAAAGUUUUGGCCCCAUAUUCAUCUGAAGAUGCUCGUGGACUUCUAAAAGCUGCCAUAAGGGAUCCAGAUCCUGUGGUGUUUCUUGAAAAUGAGUUAUUAUAUGGUGAAUCAUUCCCUGUUUCGGCCGAGGUCCUUGAUUCUAGUUUCACCGCUCCCAUAGGAAAAGCUAAGAUUGAGAGAGAAGGGAAGGAUGUGACUAUUACUGCUUUUUCAAAGAUGGUGGGCUACGCACUUAAGGCAGCUGAAAUACUUUCCAAAGAAGGAAUUAGUGCUGAGGUUAUAAACCUCCGCUCUAUUCGCCCACUAGACAGAGCAACAAUUAAUGCUUCAGUGAGGAAGACAAGCAGAUUAGUUACAGUUGAAGAAGGGUUCCCUCAGCAUGGUGUUGGAGCUGAGAUCUGCACAUCUGUCGUCGAGGAAAGUUUUGGCUAUCUUGAUGCACCAGUGGAGAGGAUUGCAGGGGCUGACAUUCCCAUGCCUUAUGCAGCCAAUCUCGAACGGAUGGCUGUUCCUCAGGUGGAGGACAUUGUUCGAGCAGCAAAAAGAGCAUGCUACAGAGCCGUACCAUUGGCCGCAACUGGUUGAUUUUGCCCUUCCAAUCUGGAAUUUUUUUUCCAUCUUAGGGUAAGAUUCAAUGACUUCAUUGUCCCUUUCAGUUUCUGUUCCCAUUCCCUCAUCCAAGAAGAAAUUUCAGUCUUCCCUUGUACAAUAAAAACCUUUUGAUUUUAGCCGAGACAUUUUACAACCAUUCCUUCAACGGGCAUGUCCAAUCAAACUUGGAGAUAUUUUUAUGAGCAAAAAAGAAAAUCCAUUUCUUGCCAAAAUUAAUCACAGAACAUUUGACAGUGGUAAAAUAAUAAGUGGCUUAGCAGAUGCAGGAGACUGUAGUGUACAUUGUUUCUGUGAUGGCGUCUGGUCUGUGAGUUGUUAAAAUAACUUGGGAGAACAUUGUCGAAGAUGGGAAUUUCAUUUUUUGUCAACUCUAUUCCAUAGUCAGAUAGAUUAUUCCUCUUCUGCUCUGCCCAAAUUCAAACCUUUUGUUUGUCAUGUAAGUUUCAAUCUUCCCUUGUUCUUCGUUUUCCAUUAUGUCAACACCAAAUCAGACCUACUGCCUUCGAAUAUAAAUAUAUAUAUGUAUGUAUAUACUAUUAAAUUUCUUUA